GACAAGCAGCCAUGGCUGGCCAUGACUCGGGAUCUCAACACCAGUUCACUGGAUUUCAGAAGUACUUUAAUUCCUAUACCAUCAUAGGCAGAAGGAAUUAUGUAAUAGCAACAUACUCAGCUGUUGCACUCAUCGCCCUGUAUUUCAAGUUUAGGCCUAAGAAGCAAACUCCUGCUGUGGCAGAUAAGUAAAUGGUUGCUGGCAUGUCUGAACCUCCAAUCUAUGUCACUGUAAUGCAAGCUGAUGGCCUGUUCUGCUAAUAAAAUAUAAAUAAUUACUUGUUUUAUUGGAAAUAUGAAAUGGUGCAAAAAAGCU